CGGAUGGAGGCACUAGAGCGCUCAUUUUUGUCGAUGCCAUUUUGCAUGUGCCAAUAAGGUUGUAAGACACUCUGCAUCAGGGUGCAUACGUUCUCACUGUAUUCGCAUCGAUCACGUGCGGAGCGCUGGCGAGAGUUUGACCCGGAAUUAAAAAAGCAGCAGCAAGCUGUGCAGCCUGCAGUGCUGAAAUGGCGGCCCUCACCCAACGCGACGACGCCUGGGCCUGGUGGAAUCAGCUAGGAAACCCGCAAAAAGUCCUGGCGCCCAUGGUCGGCGCCUCCGAGCGGGCCUUCCGCAUGCUCUGUCGGAGGCACGGCUGCGAUUUAGCUGUCACUCCUAUGAUUCACGCGCGGCUGUUCGGCGAGUGCGACAAGUUGCGGAGGGACGUGUUGAGGGAUCUGGAAGGGUCUGUCGAGGCGGGGGACCGGCCGCUACUCGCGCAGCUGUGCGGAGACGACAAAGACGUUUUACUGGAUUGUGCCAGCGUAUGCCAGCAUUAUGUCGAUGGGAUUGACUUGAAUUUGGGAUGUCCGCAGGGCAUUGCGAAACGGGGCCACUACGGCGCGUUUCUGCUGGAGGAGCCCGAUUUGGUGUGUGGUAUCGUCGAGCACUUGUCUUCAAAUCUCGAAGUUCCCGUGACCUGCAAGAUCAGAAUCGUGGACAAAGAUAAUAUAGAUGUCACCAUACGACUCGCGAAACGUUUGGUAGAAGCGGGCGCAUCUCUGAUAACAAUUCAUGGUCGGACGAAGGAAAUGAAGGGUCAAUCAGUCGGAAGUGUGAACUGGAGUCAGAUUUCUACCGUUAUUGAGGCGUUGGAUGGUUGUGUGCCGACGCUGGCGAACGGGGGCAUCGAGGUGUUUGAGGACUUAUCGCGAGCGACUUGUGAAACGGGAGCGUGCGGUGCCAUGACCUCCGAGGCGGCCUUGGAAGAUCCGAGCGUCUUCGACGGGUCGUGUGAGGACGGCCUUUGCUUGGCUGAAGAUUAUUUGGGGCUCUGCGACCAGCAUCCUCCGUUACUCAAAUUCGCGUGCGGGCACGUGCACAAAUUGCUGUUUAGAUAUUUACAAGCGCCGGGCGGCGAGGCGUUCCGCGCGCGGGUGGGGAGUGCGAACUCAAUUGAGGAGCUUUCGGACGUCGUCGCGGCCGUGCGAGAGGCGAACAUCGCAAGGAACGAGAGCACGUGGUACCGGCGGCACCGGACCGCGGCCGUGAAGCGGGUCGAGAAGGUCGCCGUGGACGUCAUGGCGGAGGGUGACGACGUCAUGGGGGGGCUCUUCGGGGAUUAAAUAUAUGUGUG